GUUAGCGGCACUCGACCUUUUCCUUUUACUACGUCCAAAGCUAACGGGGAAUUUCUUCCUACGUGCCUCUGCCUUUAAAUAGGCGAAUUGUAAAAUUACGGCACGGUGAGAAGAAGAAUGAUCAUAGAAUACCAGAUAUGAUCUUGUCAUUGUCAUCAUCUACUUGGGCUGUUUAGGCUAGACGUACUUCUAAUUUCAGUGCGCGCGCGUACGGAUUGCUCCUAGGCCCUCAGUGCGAGUCUGCGAGACGUCCAUCUCCAACAAGCUGCUACUACUAAUGCGUGUUCUUUGUCGCCGCUACAUCCUGCCCCAUGAAUGUACGCGAUCCCUUUGGUAUCCAUCGGAAGAACGCUCUAUCCAUUCUUAAAACAACCGUACCGCGCUCUGCCGUCACCUUUACCGAACGCGCCGUCGAGGCCAGUAUUAAUGCUCUCGAGAAGGGCAAGAAAGCCGUCGACGAUCUUGAUAUGUCAUUUACCGUCCCUAAAAAUGUUCCCUCGUUUACCAACCCGCAGAGGAUAGUGGAGGAUCACGUCUGGGGUAGCACUGCAGUCGCACGAGGUGGGAAGGGCUCGCAAACCAACAAAAACGCUGGAAUACUCGGCGGCGUGCAGGAUAAGGUUGGAAGCCUUUUCGACGAUCGAAAUUCUCUCCCCAUGUACAAGGACAAACCCUAUGCAUAUCCGCCCUCCUACCGAGCCAAGCCUCUGUGGCGGAGAAAGCGGAUAAUUGGUCUCGUACUGUUUGUUACCCUGCUAUUGUACUAUUUUGGUGCAUUCGGUCAUCAUCGUGAUACCGUCGUCGCUUCAACUCCCAUAUGGGCCUGGCUUACUGCAAGCUCCGAAUCGGGGAAGACUGCCGACUGGUUGAGGCGGAGAGAGCGCGUUGUUGAAGCUUUUACUCUAAGUUGGGAUGCUUACGAGCGAUAUGCCUGGGGCUAUGAUGAGUUUCACCCGAUAUCCAAAAAGGGUGUUCAGAUGGCUCCCGGAGGAAUGGGCUGGAUCAUCGUGGAUGCUCUGGACACUAUGAUUUUGAUGAAUCUUACCUCUCGUGUCACCCACGCGAGACAAUGGAUUUCAAAUUCCCUAUCGUACGAUCAAGAUCAAGAUGUUAGCACCUUCGAGACGACAAUACGUAUGCUAGGCGGUCUUCUCUCCGCUCACUAUCUGUCUAAUGAGUUCCCUGGGUUAGCACCCUUAUCAGACGAUGACCCCGGUGCGCCUGGAGAGGAUUUGUAUCUGGAGAAGGCAAAGGAUCUUGCUGACCGACUUAUGGCUGCUUUUGAUUCACCCUCCGGAGUCCCUUACGCCAGCGUGAACAUUGGCAAAUACAAAGGUAUACCAGCUCACGACGAAGGUGGCGCGUCAUCCACCGCCGAGGCAACCACAUUGCAGCUUGAGUUCAAGUACCUUGCUAAAUUGACCGGCGAGAAGUACUUUUGGGACAAAGCCGAGAAAGUAAUGGAAGUUGUUGAUAAUAACGGGGUCGAGGAUGGCCUAGUGCCUAUCUAUAUUUAUGCCACGGAUGGCACUUUCAGGGGUCAAAACAUCCGAUUAGGGAGCCGAGGAGACUCGUAUUAUGAGUAUCUCAUCAAGCAAUAUUUGCAAACUAAUAAGCAGGAACCAAUUUAUCUAGAAAUGUGGGAUGAGACUCUACGGGGAGUUCGCAAGCACCUUAUCACUUAUACUGAACCUUCUGGGUUCACCAUAAUUGGAGAGCGGCCGGAUGGUCUGAAGGGCGCCUUGUCCCCUAAGAUGGAUCACUUGGUCUGCUUCAUGCCAGGCACAAUUGCCCUUGCUGUCACGGGUGGGUUAACAGAGGCUGAAGCCAGAAAAAAGCCGACAUGGACAAAACAAAACGAGGCGGACAUGAAACUUGCCAGGGAGUUGAUGCAGACUUGCUGGGGUAUGUAUAAGUGGAUGGCUACUGGUCUCGCAGCCGAAAUCACAUACUUCAACAUUGCCAAUCCACCUGCUCCCGAGUCUGCUCCUCACCACCCGCCAGCUGAGUUUGAUCCGGACCCGCAGGCGGAGUGGCGGAAAGAUUACUCGGUUCACUCUAUGGAUGUUCAUAACCUACAGCGGCCGGAGACGGUAGAAAGCCUCUUUUACAUGUGGAGAAUCACGGGUGAUAUCAAAUAUCGAGAAUGGGGCUGGGAGAUGUUCAAGUCAUUCAUGAAUCACACGGCCGUGCCAGAUGGCGGGGGGUUCUCGAGUCUUUCGAAUGCAAACAAGGUCCCACCCAUAAUGCGAGACAAUAUGGAGAGUUUUUGGCUGGCGGAGACACUGAAGUACUUCUAUCUUCUCUUCUCUCCCACCGAUCUCCUUCCAUUGGAUAAGAUGGUCAUUAAUACAGAGGCACAUAUCUUCCCUCGGUUCGACAUGGGCCAGCUAUUUUCGACGGGGUGGAGGCGGAAACCGAGAGACGCAGACGGAAAGAUCAUUCAAUAAGUGAUGAAAAAAAAAAAAAUUGAGCAUAUAUACUGCUUAUAUCAUGUUUGCCUACUUUGAGGAGCAUCAUUGGCGUAGUGUAGAACUUGGGGGGUUUAACACCCUCGACAGCUGCCGCUUAAGUAUAUACCUACCUAGGUACCUUAUAUGGCACGCAUAAAUAUGUACAAACGUAUUACAGUGCUUAAUCCUAAGGCGAUAACGCAAGUGAUGCAUUAUUGACAUCAUGGUUGAGAUUAUAAACUGGACCUAAUUUGUACAUGGAGAACUACCUAAUACUUCACCACCGGUGUUUUUGAUGCCGUGGUACACAUAAAGAUGCAGUGCCGGCAUGUAAAAUAUCUG